AUUCACCAAAAAUAAAACAACUCGUAACGAAAGUUUGUAUUCUGCAAAAUCCCCACGUUUAUUCGAACAAAACAUCCCUCGAUUUCCUCGACCUAUUACGCCCAUAUGCAAAUGUAAUUCCAACCAGACCAAUCAUAGACCCAAAUUUAUCGUCUUCCCUGCCAAGAUUUUCUCUUUUUUUUAUUAAUUUUUGUUUUCCAAUUAUUUCCGAUUUGUCGGCAAUAAUGCAGCGCAGGCAGCCCCAAUAGUUUUCUAUGCUCCUUACCCCCACCCGCACCGAUCCGAGUCUCUGAACUGGGUCACUCUUCGCCUCUCUGACUAACAGAUCAAUUCGUCGUAUCAGCAGCAAAAGCUACGAAUUUGAGCAGUGCCCCUUACUUUUUGGGCGAUUUGGUGAAGUGGGUAAUCGUUGUUUCUUUGUCAUAGUUUAAAAGGAACAAACUUUUUUUUUUCCUUUUCUCCGUUCCGAUUUUUUUUCUUUUUGGGUUGGUUGAUGAGAUGAGAGAUAUUUGGGGGAAUUGGGGGAGACAAUGACUGGAGGGUCAUUGGGUUUGGGGAUUCGAUCGGGAAGUUAUGGGUCUCUACAGCAACAGGCGCUUCUCCUACAGCAGCAGCAGCAGCAGCAGCAACAGCAGCAGCAGAACGGUUCCACGUUCCAGAUUGCUCAGACGACGCCACCGAGAAAGCCCGGCAAGAUGCCCAAGGAGAAGGAGAAGCUUGCCCACAGGAUCUACAAGUUCGCCGGUCGCAAGAAGGUCGGAAUGCUGUUCCUCUGUGUGAUCUCUGCCGCCGUGUUCGGUUGGGUCCUGUAUGUCGGCAAAGGUGAAGACACGGGGGAUAGGGCUGAAGUUGUAAGGAUCCAGAGUGGCAACUCGACUCUGAGUUAUUCUCCAACUUAUGAAGUUGUGGGAACUGCUAUUAAUGGCUCAUCCAUUGGCUCCCAAGAAAGGGGUGGAAGUCCUCCUCUAGCUCCUCCACCGCCGCCUCUGCCUUCCCCUCCCCCUCCCCAAGAAUUCUUUCUUGGCUACACUCUUCCCCCAGGGCAUCCAUGUAAUAGUUUCAGGUUACCUCCCCCACCUGCUGACAAGAAAAGAACCGGACCUCGUCCCUGCCCUGUAUGUUAUCUACCUGUGGAAGAGGCCAUUGCUCUAAUGCCGAAAUUCCCGUCACCAUCCCCUGUGCUCAAAAACCUGACAUAUGUACAUGAAGAAACUCUAAGCAGAGAAGGGGAAUUUGGGGGAUCAGAUUUUGGUGGUUAUCCUACUUUAAGGCAGAGGAAUGAUUCCUAUGACAUAAGGGAGUCAAUGAGCGUGCAUUGUGGCUUCAUCAAAGGAAGUAGACCUGGCCGUGGAACAGGAUUCGACAUUGAUGAUUCCGACCUUCUCGAGAUGGAGCAAUGCAAUGGAGUUGUUGUAGCAUCAGCAAUUUUCGCAAACUUCGAUGAGUUGCAACAGCCCAAGAAUAUUAGUGAACAUGCCAAAAGGACUGUAUGCUUCUUCAUGUUUGUGGAUGAGGAGACUGAAUCAUAUUUAAGGAAUUCAAGUAUGUUGGACAGCAAUAAAAGGAGCGGACUAUGGAGAGUAGUUGUUGUUCGUAAUCUUCCCUAUAAAGAUGCUCGGCGCACUGGCAAGAUCCCGAAACUUCUACUGCACAGGCUGUUCCCUAAUGUCCGUUACUCUCUCUGGAUUGAUGGAAAACUUGAGCUUGUUGUGGAUCCAUACCAGAUACUUGAAAGGUUUUUGUGGAGGAAAAAUGCUACUUUUGCUAUAUCUCGACAUUAUAGGAGGUUUGAUGUCUUUAUAGAGGCGGAGGCAAACAAAGCUGCUGCGAAGUAUGAUAAUACUUCCAUCGACUUUCAGAUUGAAUUCUACAAGAAGGAAGGAUUGACCCCCUAUUCUGUGGCUAAGCUUCCCAUUACCAGCGAUGUUCCAGAAGGAUGCGUGAUUAUAAAGGAGCAUGUCCCGAUCUCAAAUCUCUUCACCUGUCUCUGGUUCAACGAAGUGGAUCGAUUCACGUCAAGGGACCAGAUCAGCUUUUCGAUUGUGAGGGACAAGAUCACUGCAAAGACUAACUGGACCUUAAACAUGUUUUUGGACUGCGAGAGGCGCAAUUUUGUUAUUCAGAAGUACCACCGAGAUAUAUUAGAGCAGAGGGCCGGACGUGUUCCAGUCACCAUACAUCCUCCGCCGCCAAUUUUCCUGCCACCACCGCUGCCAUUAACACGAGCACAUGGAACCAAGAGUGAGGGGUCCGUGAAUGGACCAGUCAAGAAGGUUACGACGGAGCAUGGCAGAGAAGAGAGGAGCUCUAGACGGCAUCGGAAAGUUUCUGCAGGUAAUAAGGAUAUUGAUUCAAGAUAGAAUUUAUCUGAAGAAUCUUUUCGUUCUUCUCUCUUCAUUGCUUGGCUAGGAGGGCUUCCGACAGCCGCCGAGGCAAAUUGGGUGAGAAGAACGUCGGAGCUCCAUAUCGAUAAGAUUCUUUUGGCAUACUAAAGAAAAAUUGAUUUUUUUGGUGUAUAUAACAUUGUUAUCUUUUUUUUUUUCCCUUAAUCAGAAAUACGAGUUAUUCAUGUGUUGGAACUCAAUCAUCAUUUAAUGACAAAAUUAAUUUUUUAUAUGUGAUA